AAUAUUUUUGCUAUAUAAAUUUUGUUUACAAUAUUGAUUUAUUUGUGGAAUAAUACGAUCGUUGUGAAUUUUACUAUCUUUGAUUAGCAUUUAUAUAAACAGUGAGUGAUAAAAUUUUUAAGAGAGAAAACGGAACGUAAGAUGCAAAUGUCGUCUGUCUUGCUUGUCUUUUAAUUUUUUGUCAGACAGAAAGUAGUUGAGGAAUCUGGCGCAGUUUUUACUGCAUUUGACUUGUUCGUGAUUGUGUUGCUUCAUUUCAAUCAAUUAAAUAACAAAAUGGAUAAGAGGAAACUGUCUACAGCUGGUGAUAGUUUGUAUCAAAUACUUCAAGUACCCAAAACUGCAACAGCGGAUGAUGUCAAAAAGAGCUAUAGGAAAUUAGCGUUAAAAUAUCAUCCUGAUAAAAAUCCUAACAAUCCUGAGGCUGCUGAUAAAUUCAAAGAAGUAAAUCGUGCCCAUACUAUUCUUAGUGACGCAACAAAAAGGAAUAUAUAUGACAAUUACGGAUCUCUUGGAUUGUACAUCGCAGAACAAUUCGGCGAAGAAAACGUCAACGCCUAUUUUGUUGUCACAAGUACUUGGUGCAAAGCUCUGUUCAUCGUCUGUGGAAUUUUGACCGGUUGUUACUUCUGUUGCUGCUUAUGCUGCUGUUGCAAUUGCUGCUGUGGAAAGUGCAAGCCUCGGCCCCCAGAAGAGUCUGGUGACUAUCACACCUUAGAACGCGAUGACUCGGAUGGCGUACAAGCUGUAACUGUGCAACCAGGCGGAGAAGGGCGUCCGAAAGGUGAUCAGGCUCCACCCAUUGCCAUGCCGCCCCCAUCAGUACCUGGCGCGUCAGAGAAUACUGGCCUCAACACAGGAAGUUGGUUGACAGUUUACACCCAACCGAAAUCGAUAGAUUGCUUCACCUUGCAUGUGAGAGCUACAACAGAUUUGGAACGGGAACAAUAUGUAUUAAAGUACGGCAACUUCAGUGGACAUGUGAAUUGGGAGACAUGUUUCCUAGAAGUAGAGUCACCCAUCGGCAAACACUUCCUUCAAGGUACCGGCGAAUCGGGCUUGCUCGAGAAUGUUAUAAUUACAUCAAUUACAAAAGACGAGUAUACUCUCCAGGAAGAAUCCGCUGACCAGUGGACGUUGUAUGGGCGACGGGGAAGUGAAGUUCUCAUGAUGCGAGAUUGUAUGGGAGAGACUGCAGCUACAUUCGCCCGCGCUCCUUACUGGCCUACCGUACAAGAUUUGUAUGCUAUACUACACAGGAGCGGUGUUGCACCCUUGACACAAGGAAGGGUGCUUUGUGAACCACGGAAUAUACCCGUAGGACAUAUUUCGAUCAAUCACUACUUUUCGAAGGUUUAG